AUGAAGUUCGCCAUCCUCGCCGCCGUUGCCUCCUUCCUUGCUCCCGCCAGCGCCUAUGCCAUUACCGGCGACAACGUCAACUGUCGCAGCGGCCCAGGCACUAGCUACGCGGUCAAGAAGGUCUACAAGAAGGGCACCGACGUCAAGAUCAGCUGCCAGACUACUGGCACCAAUAUCAACGGCAACAAUCUUUGGGACAAGACCUCUGACGGCUGCUAUGUUUCGGACUAUUACGUCAAGACUGGCAGCAACGGCUAUGUGACCAGCAAGUGCAGCUCUAGUGGAGGCAGCACCUGCGCUGCGCCAAAGUCUAACCAAGCCACUGUCGAUCUCAUCGCUGAGUUUGAGGGCUUCCGCGCCAAUAUCUACACCGAUGCAGCUGGAUACGCCACUGUCGGAUACGGCCACAAGUGCCAGAAGGCUAAGUGCGCUGAGGUCAAGUACAAGAUUCCCCUUUCCAAGGCCGAUGGCAAGAAGCUUCUGGCCGAUGAUAUGAGGAGCUUCGAAGUCUGCAUUACGAACAUGCUCAAUAGCAAGGCCAAGCUGAACUACAACCAGUUCGGUGCACUGGUCAGUUGGUCCUUCAAUGUCGGCUGCGGCGCUGCCAAGUCGUCGACUCUCAUCAAGCGCCUAAACAACGGCGAGAAUGUCAACAAGGUUCUUUCCGAGGAGCUGCCCAAGUGGAACAAGGCUGGUGGCAAGGUUCUUCAAGGCCUUGUCCGCCGCCGUGCUGCUGAGGUCGCUCUGGCUAAGAAGUCUGGCAGCUCUCAGGCUCUUCCUGUUAAGUGCUGA